AUGAGCACCAGCGAGGCCGCCACUGUCAUCCCCGUUUACGACGUCGCCCCCGGCCAGGGCGCGCCCUCCAAGGCCCCCGCAGCCGCGCCCCCGUCUGCCGCGGCGGCCGCUCCUGCAGCUGCGGCCACGACGACAGCCCCGCGCAAGUUCCCCAUGCGGUUCUUCCGGCGGAGCGACCGCGGCAGCCGGUGCAUGGCGUUCCUCGACUUCCUGCUGAGGAUCGCGGCGUUCGGGCCCGCGCUCGCGGCGGCCAUCGCGACCGGCACGUCCGACGAGACGCUCUCCGUCUUCACCGAGUUCUUCCAGUUCCGCGCCCGUUUCGACGAAUUCCCGGCCUUCCUGUUCCUCAUGGUGGCGAGCGCGAUCGCCGCGGGGUACCUGCUGUUAUCCCUCCCGUUCUCCGCCGUCGUCGUGCUGCGGCCUCAAACCACCGUCCUCAGGCUUCUCUUGCUCGUCUGCGACACGAUCAUGCUCGGGCUGCUGACGGCGGGGGCAGCGGCGGCGGCGGCCAUCGUGGACCUGGCGCACAGCGGGAACGAGCGUGCCAACUGGGUGCCCAUCUGCAUGCAGUUCCACGGCUUCUGCCGGCGCACGAGCGGCGCCGUCGUGGCCUCCUUCCUCUCCGUCUUCAUCUUCGUGCUCCUCGUCGUCCUCGCCGCCUUCUCCAUCAGGAAGCGCUGA